UCCUCUUCUCCCUUUUAUUCAUUUCAUCUCGUAAUUGAAGCCUGAAGAGACACCAUAACAUCACGUGAGUGUCGUCGACGGAGAGCGACCACUAUAAGGACGUAGAAAAGCCUCUCAUUGAGUACUCAUCUCCUUUGAAGCAGCAGCAGCAGUCUCAGUCUUGCUCACCUCCAUUGAAAGAGAGAAAAGAGAGAGCUAGGAUACAUACACUUUUUGAGAGAAUUAAUCAAACUACGUAGGGUUUCAGGGAUAGAUCGAGAUGAUGUCGAGAGAACGCAACAAGGCAGCUGCUCUACACGAGAAGCUGCAGCUCCUCCGCUCCAUUACCCACUCCCACGCGCUCAGCAACGACUCCAUAAUCACGGACGCAUCGGAGUACAUCAAGGAGCUGAAGCAGAAGGUCGUCAGGCUCAACAAGGAGAUCGCAUGCGCAGAAGCUGCAGCUCUCAGAUCACAGAACUCCAUCCCCACGGUCACGGUGGAAACCCUAGGGCACGGGCCGUUCCUCAUCAACGUGUUCUCUGACAAGAGCAGCCCCGGGUUGCUUGUUGCUAUCCUGGAAGCCUUCGAUGAGCUGGGCCUGAAUGUACUCGAAGCGACGGCGUCUUGCGACGAUACCUUCCGUCUUGAGGCUGUAGGAGGAGAGAACCAGGUGGAUGAGCAUGUCGUCAAGCAAACAGUGCUCCAGGCCAUCAGAAACUGCUCAGAGAGGGCCGUCCAGCAGGAUGGGUAGAGACGACAGUCUAAUGGAGAUGGCAUUUUGAUCAGGACGAUCAUAUCGUUUAUGGACAGCUAGCUAUCUAGCUGCAUUGCUUUCCCGGUUGCAAAUUUUUCAUGCCUCUUCUCUUGAUCGAUCGACGUUUUCCCGAGAUGAGCUGCAAUUAAAGAUCUAUGUCCGGUGAAACCCUAGCAUGCAUUCCCCUGUACUAUCAGAUAAUGAUAUUAUAUAUAUGUGUACGUAGUCCAUGAUCCAUAUAUGGAGAUUGGCAAGGUGUAAGAUAUGCUAGUUUGUACGUUGAUUGUACUACUGAUAUGAUGACCAUAGUAAGAUCUAUUUAUCUUUUGCCCGUCGAUCAGAUUGUGAAAGCAAUGAG